AUAUCUUGGACUGGAAAAGAUUCAGAUGAAAUGAAGAAAAUACGUAGUUUCCGCUGUAUUUCUUUGUUUUUUUAAUUAUUGUUUACAGGCUUGAGAACAUUAAGUUGUAUUGAUUAUACAGUUCCUCAACUGUGCAGAAAGUGUCAUUUAACAUUUAAAUGGAGUAUGAUUUGUCAAGCUAUGAACACUCAGGAGCUUGUAGUUGCCGCAGCCCGUCAAUGUUUGUCCACUGGAAGGAAAUCUCUCUCCGUCCCUCAGAGUCUUAACGUGGCUGCUCAACUCUUAGCAGUUGAUUUGGCCCUCAAACCCGCUCUGUUGUAUGACGCCAACAGCGCCAGUGCAGAGCAGGUGCAUCGGUUCUUGCGCUCGUGUCAGUCGUCCCGGCUUGUGUCUGGAUCCCUUGUCACCUUGGACUUGAAUGGUAACAGCCUCAUCGUUAACCUGGUUGCGGUGCGAUCCAAUCUAGAGAGGAUGCUUGACAACGGUGGUCCUGUGGUGAUUGACGUUUGCAGCUCACUGGAGAAGCCAGCCAUCAUGGAGCCUGUCAGAGCAGGGCUGAAGAGCAUUGCAGGAGCGCUCCUUUCACUCCUAAAAAGGUUUGAUACCACAAAGGAUGCGGACCAAGGCGUUUAUGUGGCAGAAGGAUCGGAUGUGUGGAACUUGAGCACCGUCUUCGGACUGUUGCUGGGUUACCCUGCCACAUACUGGUUCGACCAAACCGAGAGCUUUGAAAACUGUCUUGCUAUGACCCCCUUGAUGGUGACCAAUGCAUCUGCAACAUGGCCAGCAGAUACCAAUAGCCAUAAAUGUUGUCUGUAUUCAUUCAGCAUCCCCGCCCUUCUACAUAAUGAGACCUUUUCCAACGUGGAGAAGUGGAAAUUUGGCCUUCAAGAGAGAUUCCAGCAGCAAAAUGUCCUAAAAGAGCUCACUAUUUGUCAAACUGCAGUCACUCUGCCGUCACUCUGCUUGUGACUUAUCACCUUGUACUCAUCACUCCAUUAAACUGUUAAAGAUUUUCCUCCUUGUUAAUAUAGUAUGUCUUGAUUCUCAACCAUUUUCAAAAAUUCAACACGGAAUUCAGAUGAAACAACGGACUGUAGGUUGAAGUAUACUUGUAAUAAUUUG